AUGAACCUCCAAAAAUGCCAAAUCAUAAAUAUCCAUCCCCGUGUAAAACGGGGAAAGGGGAACUGUAAAGAUGUUAUCACGGAUCGAUUUAUGUGUGUUUCAAUUCCAAAGCCAGCAUUCUCCCAACUCGGGAAUCUGAGUGCCAACAUUCAUUCUGCUCCUUCCAGCGUAUUCCCUGGAAAUCCAAGCCCUAUAUCUUGUAAUGCACCAGAAUACUGCCAUUGUCAGACCAAACCAGAGCCAAAAUUUGAUCACAUUGAGUGUGGAUUCAACGGCCUUGAAGUUAUACCAUUUGGAAUACCAACUUACACGAAAAAGUUACUUCUAAAUAACAAUCUAUUUAAGUUCAUUGAACGAGAAACAUUCAGAGGACUGCCAAACCUCCUAGAACUGGAUAUGAUACGUAAUGAUAUAACGGAUAUUUUGGGAAAGGCAUUUGAAUACUUGAAAAUGUUGGAAAUUCUAAAAUUGUCUCGUAAUAGCUUCACGAAACUUCAUCAUAAUGUGUUCCAAGGCUUGGGAAGUUUGAAAGAAUUGAGAAUCGGAUAUAACUCGGUCCCACUUGAAUUGGAAGAUGGUUGCUUUGAGGAUCUGAGGAAUUUGAAUGAUUUGAUCUUGACCUAUACUGAUUUACAAGGAACGUUGAACGCGUCCAUGUUUAAAGGCCUCGUAUCUCUGAAGAAAUUGGAUCUUGCUUCCACAUCCUCGCACACAAUUGAUCACGCUGCGUUUAGGCAUUUGGGACAGUUGGAAACCUUGGUUUUAUCACGCAAUAACCUAACAAGACUUUCACAAGGUAUAUUUACUGGCUUGGGGAAUUUAAGUAAAUUAGAAAUCCAUGAAAAUGCAAUCCCAAUUGCACUGGAUGACAACUGUUUUAAAGAUCUAGAGAAAUUAAAAGACCUCAGCUUGUCUCAAACAAAAAUACAAGGAGGUAAAUUAACAACAUCCAUGUUUCUUGGUCUACACACCCUCAAGGUACUAAAUCUUAAAAGCUGUAAUAUUCACACAAUCAACAAGGAAACGUUCAAAUACCUUGUAAACAUCGACACAAUUGAUCUAAGGGACAACACAUUCUCUAAGACUGAGUAUGUGCCCACGAUGUUCAACAUAUUGCCAAGUUUGCAGUCCCUGAAGAGCGACCACAUGGAGAUAUGUUGUAUUGCUUCAAACGUUCUUGAAUGUGAUCCGCAACCGGACUAUUUGUCGUCAUGUGCCUACCUAAUCAAGAGUGAUAUACUAAGGGUUUCUCUCUGGACUAUCGGGGUAUUGAUUCUUCUUGGCAACUUAAUAGCUAUAGUGCUGCGUCUAAACGAGAAGAAUGAGAGCUCUAACAUCAAUUGCAUCAUGAUAAUGAAUUUGUCCAUCGCCGAUUUUUUGAUGAGCAGCUAUAUUUUUAUUAUAGCGGCUGUGGAUGUGAAGUUUCGAGGAGUGUAUGCAGAAAAUCGAUAUGAUUGGGUCAAUGGAAGGAUUUGCAUGUUAGCUGGAUUUACUGCCUCUCUUUCAAGUGAGAUGUCAGUCUUUAUUCUUGUUGCCAUGACUUUCGAUAGAUUUUUUAAAAUUGUGUUUCCGUUCAAGUCCAAGCUUCACCUUAAUCAAUGCUCUGCUUAUAUUGUCAUGUCUUUUGGGUGGACUCUAUGUGUGAUUCUGUCUGGAUUGCCUCUUCUUCCUUUGAACUACUUUGGUCCAUACGCUUUCUUUUCACAGUCUGGUUUCUGUCUGCCACUUAUUUUGACCGACUUUAAUUUCAAAGGAUGGGAAUACUCGUUCUCCAUAUUUAAUGUCACCACUCUUGUCGGGUUCAUCCUCAUUGCGGGAGGCUAUUUGGGAAUAUUCGCCUCCACCUUUAUUCGACGUGCAUCCAUUCGGCGUCACACAAAUCGGGAAGUGAAGAUGGCUAGGAAGAUGCUGUGGAUUGUCGCCACGGAUUUCUGUUGCUGGGUCCCGAUAUCAAUACUGGGAUUUCUGGCUCUGCAAGGCGUCCAACUUCCAGGUGAAAUAUUUGCCUAUAUCAGCAUAUUUGUGCUUCCAAUCAAUAGCGCCAUCAACCCGAUGAUUUACACAUUUAGCAACCUCUCCUAUGAUGUUAAAUGUACAUGUAUGAGAAAGAGAAGCACCACCCAGAAUUCAUCAACCCUUCAAACACCGGCUGGGUCAUCAACUAGGAUCGAUACAAAUAUAAAUUAUAUCAGACAGAACUCAUAA